AUAUUCGCAGUGGGUUUACUUUAGUUUUGAGUGAUUUUAUAACUUUUGCUUCUUUGUACUUUGUAGGUACGACUACCAUUAAAGAUACUGUAAAUAAAUCAUUGAAUAACGUUGCUUGUUCGUUCCUGAAACAUUUGUCCUGAUCACCUAGAUGCACAUUCGUCAUUCCAGAAGAUUUCCAGCCAGAACCUCCUCGUUAGGCGAGUGGCGACGGACGAGCCUCUGCGUUUCGGAAUUUGCUGAUUUCCGCUGUCUUCGAAUUCUCCUUGGAAAGCAACUAACAUUUGAAUCAGGAUUGCGACGGUUUGCGACUCUCCAGGACAGCAUUGUUGCGUUUGGCACUGAUCAGUGAUCACUGGCUGACUGAUGCUGCAAAAAUUGCGUUUCUCUGGCAGAACCGAGAACGAGAUCCGUGGAAUUGUCUAGCCAUGGCCGUUUCUCAGUAUUGUGAACCCCUGGAGCAAAUCUUUUGUAAUGAGUGCCUGAAAUGGACCACCGUGCCGUGCGUUUCGCAUGCGGAACGCAUUCCCGACACGAUGGUGUUUCCCUAUGCUAUGGCGAGUUUGCCGUCUGUCUUGUAUUUGGAUAUUCCUUCCGAUGGCCAAUCUGACAAAGCCGUUUUCGCCAAAGAACCCAUUCGUUCGCAGACAGUUUUCGGCCCGUUCGUCAGUGCACUGAAUGUCGAUAAACCGGCUGAUGCGGCGUUCGCCUGCGGAAGUGCAUCGCAGGAAGGACUGCAUUAUUUUCACACGGAAUCGAAUCAGACGACCAACUGGAUGAAAUUCGUGAGAUUUGCCAGGAAUGCGACUGAGCAAAAUUUGGCUGCGUUCGAGGUCCAUGAAGAUUCUCUCUUGUUGACACCCUCGGACGCUGUUUCGCCUACGCGUACGCACGUGAUAUUCAUCAGCACGAAGGUUGUCCUACCCGGCGAGGAGCUGAAAGUCGCCUAUUCCCUGGUCUACUCCCAGACCAUCGCCUCCGCCGAACGGCAGAGUGCUCACCCGACCGAGCCUAUGAUGGCAGCGGAACCAUGUGGACAAGAGAAUAAAGAUUCUUCCGCCACGGUUACCAAGCGUGUGAAACCGCGUUCGCAACUCGGUCCCAUUCAGAUCGGUUCGAUCAAGGCCGUUAGGAAACUGCUCUCCAUGCCUAGAAAUACUGGGCCUAAUCCUGUACAGCAUGAACCGGGUCUGGGGACUGGUCAGAAAUUGUCGACGAAUUCUUCAGGCGCGGAAACCGUUAAAAUCAUUAAGUGUUCGGAUCGGACGCACGAGGACUUAGAUAGGAGGGAGAAAAAGCGCAAAAAGCUCUGCGACAAUCCAUGGCCGGUUUUAAAGAAUAUGCCCAAUUUUUUGCCACCGGAUGAGGAUGUCGUUGUGAAUUCGCAGAAUGAUUUGGCGAUUGCUAUUGUGCGCGCGAUAAGUCCCACGGAUGCACCGGAAGUUGAUGAUGUCAUUACAGAUUCCUUCGAUGCGGCUGGAGAAUCUGCUACGAUUCCAGUGUUUCCACUGGAGACAGAUGAUAGUUUUGGAAUUACGUCUCCCGGCGUACCGGUCAAAGAAGACCACCCCGUUGACGAGUUAGAUGUGAUGGCAGAAAUGCAGAGCUUAAAAACAAGAGCACAUCUUGCAUCGCGAAAGAAGGGUUUGUGCUUGGUGUGCGGCGAACGAGUGCAAGAUCUGCCGGAUCAUCUGGAUAAAACGCACACCGAAGAGGACGUUCAAGCCGUGAAUGAUGCGUGCUUCUUCUGCCAUCAGAAGUUCCACACAAAUAAACCACAAAGAUCAUUGGCCACACACUUGAGCAUCGUGCAUCCCGCCAAAGCAACCGUGCCGGAUGAAGCCACAGGAGCCGCUGCACUGGAGUUUAUGCAGCGCACCGGGUUUUUGAAUUACAAGUGUGCCGAAUGCGUCUUUAUUUUCCCCACGAAACCGUUGCUGGAUUUGCACAUGUUCACGCAUAAUUCCGCGCUAGUCGACCGGCCGGAGCGGAAGUGCCCGGGAUGCCCCUUUGUUGGGGAAACGUUCGCCGGUCUGGUCAAGCAUACCGUGCAGCAUCGCGCUAAGAGGAAAGGCGGAAAAAUUCCCUGUCCGUUGUGCGGAGUCGGGGUCGUCGGCAGUCCCCGCGGACACAUGGAGAAACAUCAUCCCGAAGCCUUGGAUAUGAUUGUGGAAAAAUGGAAAUUAGAGUGUCCGGAAUGUCGAAAAAAGUUUGAUCAAUCCGGGGCACUCGGCCAGCAUGUGCACGAGCGGCACAAAGGAUGGCAGUGUGUGUACUGUGGAUACAGCGACUGGAAGGGAUGGCAGGGCUUCCACGAGCAUAUCGCGACGCACAUGGAAGAGAAAGCACUUCCCUGCCUGCUGUGUGAUCUGUCGUUUAAGGAAUACUGGAAACUGUGCGUUCAUAUCCGGGAUUGUCACGGCGCGGAUGCCACCGAGUAUGCCGACACAGUGGCGGGGAAUGACGCUAUCCCGACUCCAAAAAGUGUCCCUCCUGAGCUGGUGGAACGCGCCAUCGAGCUGAUGCGGGAGACGGAGGUGUUCUACUGCAGUUGCCGUGAAUGUCGCCGGUCAUUCGUUAGUUUCGAUGUGCUCGAUCUGCACCAGCUGCAGCACGAACCGCCGGGCAGUUGGGACGGCGAUCCGCGGCGGCAGUGUCCGGCUUGUGCGUUUCACGCGGGAAGCUGUGCCGAACUGGUGCAGCACACGGCGCAGCACCGGUUGAACCGGUUUGAUGCGCAUCCGUGUUUGAUCUGCGGGGAGACGGUGAAGCGGAUGCGCGGUCAUGUGGCCGAGAAGCAUCCCGCCGAGAUGCAACGGAUUACGGAGAACUGGGAGUUUCAGUGUCCGGACUGCGAUUACAAGUUCAAAAACCGCGGAACCAUGGAGAUCCACAUUAAGUCGCUGCAUAAAGGCUUCCAGUGUUGGUACUGCGCCAAAGUGUUCUACAACUCGAAACAAAUCGGGAGUCAUGUUAUGGUGCACAGCGUUAACGGCCGAUACCCGUGUCCAGCGUGUGAGAAGGUAUUUCCGAGAUAUCCGCUGUUCAACAAUCAUUAUCGGAAGUGUCAUGAUGCCACGCGAACGAAGAAGUGUAGUUUGUGCCCGAUGGUGUUUUGUGGUGAGGACGAUUUGGACGACCAUAUGACGACGUGCCACGAUGCUGCCGUCGACAAAACGGGAACCAAGACGAAGAAGCCGGCCGCCGGCAAAACGGCAGCCAAGACGGAGAAGCCGGGAACGACGUCGACAAGCCUGUGUGAUGUGUGUGGGGAGCGAUUCAAAAACUACUUCAACAUGUAUUACCAUAAAAUCACCGUGCAUUUGGGGAGAAAUCCCAAUUUGAAGCAGAAGCCGAAAGUGCGGACACAGUGCGAUGAAUGUCAGCAGCUGUUUGCUAGUGCACUCACCUUGAUGACACAUAAAAAGUGGGUGCAUCUCGGUGUCUGCAGGGAGAAGGAUAGGAAGAUGAGGCUGCGUGCGGAAAGGAAGGCGGCCGGCAUCCCGAAUCCGCGCUAUGUGAAACCGCGGGAUCGGAUAGCCUACGAGGAUUUUAAGCACAAAUGUGAGGAAUGCCGGCUGGGAUAUGCGUGGGCGAUUUCGCUGCUCAAACACAACGAAUCGCGACAUCCCGAGAAGAUUAUUCAGCAGACGAGCAUCAGUCAAUGAUUAUCCUGUGAAACCACUCAUUUCCGUUAGCGCACUCCCGUGGAAUGGUACGGUAAUUAUGUGGUGAGUGAUAUAACUUGAUCUUUCCUGAUUACUACUUUGGCGCGUUGUUGUUAAGUUUUAUGUUUCUUUAUUUGUUUACUAUUUUAGCUGUGAUUCAGUGGAUCGCCGAAUAAAAUAAGAUUCCCAAGCACGAGAUUUCGGAGCAUAAAAUGUGCUCGAUGAACAGGCUGUUGAUACUUUCUGUAGUAUACGAUAGAUUCGAAACAGUAACGCAAUUACAUACAAUAAUAGUAUUCCAUCAAAAUGUUGUCUGACAGAACUUCGCCAAUAUGUACGUCAUGAGCAACAGCCUGUGU